UCUCUGCGACGAAUGUUAGAUAAAUAUGUUUUCACUGACAAGAUAAAUGACGAAAAUUAUGUAAUUAUAAAUUGUAUUCCAAAGCUAAAAAAGAGAAAGUCAAAACCCUCAGAUCAGCCUACUUUAAGACAAAAGGAUACUCAGACUGAUUUUUCAAGACAAACAGUUACAAAAAGCAUUGAGUCUUCUAUCAAAUUUUCGAAGAUGAAACAAGAAUUAACCCAAAGAAUCAAAGAUAUUCCCCAGAAAUCUGUGCUAUAUAAAAAAUCAAAAUAUCGAGUCAAAUUUCACAAAUAUAUGGAGAAAAAAGACAAAAAGCCAGAAUUGAAAAAAGAACUUACGGAUUCCGAAAAAAUCUCGAAAUGUUUCAUUAGGUUGCCUCAAGCGAUAAGAACUUGUAAGGAUUUUGAACCUUCCGUAAAACCAACAACAGUAUAUCCAGAUUGUCAUACAAUAGAAUAUUUAGAACCAACAAGAUGUUGCAAGGAUUUAUCGAGCAUCUAUCUUAGACCCAAAUAUUGCGAUGUUUGGACUACUCCAUGCCUUACCUCUGAAGGCAUCGUAAAUGGCGCUUUCCCGCAAGAUUCAUGCGCAAUCAAAUAUCGUGCCUUGUGUCAUUCACUAAUUGACAGCUCGUCCAGAUGUUAUAAUUAUAUUAAUACAAACUGCACAAAACAUAGUGUAUUUGGAAAUUCAUUACACAAUACGUAUUGCAAGAACGAUUACAAGAAAUAUUGUUAUUCGCAUCUAAAUAAUAUUGACAGCGUUCAAAUGGGAUAUUAUCAUUGCAAUGACAUCCAGUAUUGAACAAUCAACAAUGUGGGAGGGAUCGAUCAUAUUACUGAACAAAGGGGAAUUUAUAUUUCACGCACCCAUGGACAUCGGAGCAUUUGUCGCGAUAUAAUUGAUAUUGACAAUGGCAACAUACGAUAUUUAACGUUGCCGAGUAAUUCGAAUUCAAUCAUAUCGGAAAUAUAUAUAAAAUUAACGUGUCGUUUUUUAUUGCUUAUGUAUAAUUUUUUUAUGAAAUUUACAGUACAGAGCGAGAUGAUGAGAACCGAACAAAUUAAAAUGGAUAAAUAUACGACGUAAUCUGUACUGCGGCCAGUGACGUGCGUCAAUCCUAAUUAUAUUUCACACUACAUACUAAUUUUAGUUAUUAACCCGUAUGUGCGAGUAGUCAUAAAGUUUCGUGUCCUGUCCAACGCGUAUGCAUGUUAAUAAUUAAAAUUAAUAACGCGCCAAAUAUAGUUGCGAUAUACAUGUGACAGUCGACGCAUUGAUGCCAGACGACAAAAGAACGUAUCAUACGAUAUAUUAAUGCGGACAGAGUGAUUAUAUGUUUGCAUAGCAGUUUAUAUUACUCAUUAUGACGACCAGUUUAUGAUUAUUCACCAAUAAUAGCAAAUAGUUCGAACUAGCAUUUUAAGAAACGACAAAAACCAAAAGAAAUCUUUACAUUGCAAAAACUCGCUUAUUACCAAAAUUGCCAGUCACAAAAGGACCAAGAUCGUUUGAGCGUUUUUUCAUGCUUGAGAAGCUACUUAGCCAUUUAGGAAAUAUCCACGGACAGAAAGAAACCACCGCAGACGCGACAAACUGUUACCAUCCUCGCAAGAAACGCCAAACAGUGUCGAAAAGAGCUUGCGGGCAGCCGAAGAACUUUGCAUCAACGGGUCCCGGUGGAGACGUUGUCGUAUCCUUAAGCGGCCUUCGCGGUUGGCGAUUGCGGCGGAAGGAAUUUCGAAUUAGAAGUUUGUUGCGAAGUUCCUUGGAAGUCCACCUGCCGAAUGCAACGACCGAAAACCUAGUCUGGAAAGCGAAAGCAUAUAUAUCUGUUUCCUCGUUACCUAUUCACACGGUCUGGAAGAUUUGCCAUACGGUCAACCAUUCAAAAUGUAUAGCACGAGAAAAUGAUUUGAAAGGAUUUCUCUUAAGAACAUCUUAAGCAGUCUUCAAGCUCG